AUGAUGACCAUUGAGAAGAAAGAUAGUGAUGGAGAAGGGGAACCUCCUGUCACUCCCGCAUGUGCUUCUAAACAGCCACUAAAGCUCGAGUCUAUGCCUCCAGAGAUCCUGACUCUCAUCCUUGAAUGCCUGAUCCCCGAGCAGCCCGAGAUUGGCGAGACACGCCCCGUCGCCUACGACAAGCUGAUGGCCGAUGAGCCAUGGUAUCACUUCACACGCUGUCGCCGUGGACUAAACAGUCUAUGUCGCGUCUCGCGUAGGAUGGCGGCCCUCGCCCGCCCAUGCCUUUAUCGUACUAUUGCCCUAUGGAACGAGGCUUCGAUGUUUCUCCUCUUUCGCACGCUCCUCGAGAAGCCCGAAUACGGUGUCUGGACACGCUUUCUGUCCUGUCAUCUGACUCUGAGCCGCAAAGACGUCAUCCGAGAGAUGCGUCGCUUGUUGGUUAAAUAUGGGCCGACCCUCAAGUUUGCGACCGGCGACAAUAUUACAGUUAAGCGUGCCAAAGACUUUAUCGAACUAUUCCGGACAAUUCUUCCAUUGACGUCGGCCAACCUCGACUACGUCCCUCAGAUCAUUCUCUACCUUAUUCUAACGUUCUUAACAAGGCUGGAAGUCCAUCUCUUACAAGUUCCGAUCUGCGACGAUGAGGAGGAAUACGAUGUUUUCUGUAGGCAUAUGAGCGUCGCCAGAGCGCUCUACCCUGAAGGCGCGCCAGAAACUCCAUUUACUCACGUACAUACCCUUCAAUUACAGGGUGAUCCAGAACUACUUAGCCAUUUCGAGGACGAAGAUUGCAACUGCGAGAUUCCGGAGAUCUGGGGCACCCAGCCACGCCGCUAUGCCCGGUUGUUCUCCGCAUUCCCCAACCUAACGACACUCGAGGUCAGCAGCGACGACGGCAUAUGGUCCAACGAGCUGUACGAUUGGGAUCCCGAUUUUCACCAUAUAGGCGGCGAUGAAACGGGGCCGUACCUCAAGGGCAUCCGUCAUAUCUUCCUCCACAACAGUGGCGCUUGCCCGACCGAUCUUUAUCACCUCCUUGUCAAUGCACCACAGCUCGAGACCCUCUACAUGGCUCCGUGCCGCGAUGGUUACGAUCGCGACAACAUGGUUGACGAAAAUAGCAUGGAAUUGCACCCGGAGGCCCUUGAUGUGGCUCUCUCUCAGCAUGCUAAGCACUUGCGCAACCUCGAUGUCAGCUGGCACGACGUCUCCGGCUUCGAGCCGCUCAUUGGCCCCGAGGGUGGGCGUCUCGCCUCACUAGCAACCAUGGGCACCCUCGAGAAGCUCUGCAUCCAGAUGGCCAUGCUCUACGGUACACCCGCAAACGUGGCAACUAUGGAUCUGAUUGACCUGCUGCCGCCCAACCUGAUCGAGCUCGCCCUCGAAGACUGGUGGUGGCACAACGCGUCGCUGCUCUACGAGCUCCCACACUGGGACGCCCGCCGCAAGAUCGAGCACUACACUUCACAGCAGAAGUACCGGGCGAGCGCGCUCAAGACGCUCUCGCAGUUUGCGCGCGACGUACGUGUCAAGCGGCUGCAUAAACUGAAGAAGGUCAAACUGGUGUGCAAAAUCCCAUGGACGUGGAUGAUGGAAGAUGCGGUGCCGCUCGAGUUUCAUUUCGAGGAUAUCAAGAAUAUGUUGCUGGCCAAGGGCAUCGACUUUGAGGUGAGCUCGGAUGAGAUCGAGGAGCUUAAGCCUGAAGAUGAGGGGUAUUUCGGGACAUGUCCUCGGUCUUAG